GUGUCACUGCAUUUACCUGUUUCUAAAAUCUAAAUGAAAAUACAGGCAUUGAAGAACGUUUAGACGAAAAACUCAAAUUUAUUCCAGGAAUGUCAAAGGUACAAGUUCGUGACUUGCCAGAAGGAGUUGUUUUGGGAAAUCUGCAAUCACUUUUCUCAAACAUGCUUCACCAAAUGGGUAGAAAGCUGCCUCAAGCUGAUGCAGUUUUCUUGAAUAGCUUUGAAGAAUUAGACCUUACAAUUACGAAUGAUCUCAAGUCCAAGUUCAAGAAGUUUUUGAAUGUUGGUCCCUUCACUCUGUUGUCUCCGCCGCCACCGGCUGAAGUUCCUGACAUUAAUAGCUGCCUUUCGUGGCUGGACGAGCAGAAGAAAGCUGCUUCUGUGGCUUACGUCAGCUUCGACAUGGUGGCGAAACUGCCUCCUGUUGAAGUUGUUGCCAUAGCUGAGGCCCUGGAGGCUGGUAAAGUUCCGUUUAUAUGGUCACUCCAGGACAAAUUCCAGGCAGAUUUACCACAGGGGUUCAAAGAAAGAACAAAACCUCAUGGGAUUGUGGUGCCAUGGGCUCCUCAAGUAGACAUCUUGAAUCAUGAAGCCAUUGGAGUUUUCAUAACACAUUGUGGGUGGAACUCAAUGCUGGAGAGCAUAGUUGGAGGAGUGCCAAUGAUUUGCAGGCCACUUUUUGGGGAUCACAGGCUGAACGGGAGGAUGAUAGAGAGCAUUUGGGAGAUCGGACUGAAAGUAGAAGAUGGGAAGUUCACAAAAGAUGGAUUGAUGAAGAGAUUGGAUUUGGUUUUAAGGCAAGAAGAAGGGAAGAAAAUGAGGGAAAGAAUCAAAAAACCAAAAGAAGAUCUUAUAAAUGCCAUUGGACCAAAAGGAAGCUCUGUGGAGAACUUUCAAGUGUUGUUAGAUAUUGUGUCAAAGGGCUAAAGAAGUAAGUUGAUUGCCUGUUGAGAAAGGUGAUGUCUCAACAUUUGUGAUGAUUUUUGUUUUAGUUGCAAUAAACUAAGAAGUGAAUGAACUAUCGUUUUAGCUUUUAAGUAAUGUGGUGCCGAGGGCCUCA